GUUUAUUGUCAAUGAAGGCGUGUCACGUGGAAGCGUUUAUUUAUGUACGAUGUGGCUACAUUUAGUAAACACCGUGUAGUAGACAUAUCUUAUCUCUCUGAUUCAUUGAUAACUAUUGAAUUAGAUUUACGCCAUUUUACAUAACGAUGCUAGCUAACAGUUACAUCGUACAUGAAGCGGUCAAUCAGAAUCAGCAGUUUAUCCAAGAAUAUUUAUACACAGAAAGUUUUUAUACUCAGCAAUAUACAACAAUGAAUAAUUUGGAAGAAAACAAUUAUGAAAAAGAAAAUUUUCCAAUACAGUGGCACGUUGAAAGUGAAAAUCGUUCAGUUGAUCCUGAAAUUGUAAAAAAUACGAAUUUAAGAAUAGAAGCAAAGGAAUUCGUUCCUAGAUACUGUUUGGAUGUAAAUACGAACAUUAAUUAUGAAUCAACAAAGGAUGCUGAUCAGAGUGUUGUAUAUAACAGAUCAGGUGGUUAUACAUUAGUUUCCACCCCAGAAGAAUUUACUAAAACGAGUUGGGCCGAUGAUACAGCUGAAAAUGUGGCUGAAUGUUUAUCUGAUUUAAGUAGUAAGCUUUAUAAUACGGAAUUGAGUGAAGGUGUUCAUUUAAUACAAGAAAAUGAGAGCCAAGAUAAACUAAGUACUAUGCCAACCAGAAGCUUUGAAGAAUUCGUUGGACAAAACAUCAAUAUUAGUGAAAAUCCUGAACAAUUACAUAGGUAUUGUAGUGUUGAUGAAUCACAUUUACCAGAAUUUAAUAAUACAGUCCAAACAGAAGAUUGUAUAGAUAGAACAAGUCAAAACAGGGACAAAAAUGAUGCUGGUAACAGAAACUUUCAACCUAGAUAUCAAUAUGAUAAAAAUAAUAGAGAACAUAAUAGAAAUUGGAAAAAGGACGAUGGACAUUACCGACAAAAAGGUAAAUCUAGAUAUUCUCAAACAUUUAGAGAAAAUUUUUCAAGAAAUAAAGACGAAGAACCAAGAGAUUUAAGGAGGAAUCACCACUCAAAUAGUGACCAGCAAAAAGAAUCACCCUACCGAUACCUAGAAAAUGAUGCCAAACCAAAUAGACAAUAUUCAGACAGAGGUAAAACUCAAGAUAAGUACCAUAAUUAUGACAAGAGAAGAAAUUAUAACAGAUCUUCUCCAAACUUCAUAAAAAAUAGUAAUGAAGUAACUGAGAUACAAUGUAGUACAACCGAAGUAAAUAUCAAUGAAGAAACGAAUAAGAAUGAGAAUAAUGAAGUAACUGUUGAAGCAGAAACUCCUACUCAGAAAAUGACAGAAUUUAAUAAAUCAAACCAUUCAAUUAAGAAAGGAAAUCAAUACAGACAUAAUCGAAAGGAACAGGAUGCUGAUGAAGAAAGUUUCAAAAGGAAAUGGUCUGAUCGACAGUCAUACGGCAAUAAGGAAGUUGAGGAAUCAAAGUCAAUAAGUGAGGAAAAAGGUGCAAAACCUAGAAAUAGGAAUUAUCAGAAAGGUAGAUUUAUGAAUCCUAGAAGUUCUUCGAAUAAUUCUAGAGAAUAUCGCGAUAAAAAAGAUGAAAGGCAACAACAACAAAUUGAACCAGCAGAAAAUACUGAAAUAGUUAAAUCCGAACACCACAAAGAAAGAAAAUCAAAAUUUAGAACACCGGACAAUAAAACUUCCAAUACUGAAAGCUUGGAUGAAGAGAAACAUAAGGAAAGAAAUAGAAGAUUUCCAGAUAAACAUAAAUCAAUGAAAUAUAAUUCGAAAAAUCAGUCGUGCAGUGAUGUUGAAGAUGGUAUCAGAUUGAAUAGGAGAUCGUUUAAUAGAGACGAAAGUGAAAGAAAACCUGCAAAAUCAUUUAGGGAUGCUCUAUUCGAAAAGAAACACGAUAAACCGCGAGAUUUGAAACAAGAGCGGGGCGAUAUUAAAGUAGAAAUAACUGUACGUUAUGAGGGAUUCAAGAACAGACCGUCUGCUGUGUCAAAUACAGAACAUGUUUUUGAUGAAACAUACGCAGAAUCAGACCCUGAAUAUAAAGCUUUCCUACAAGAUUUAAAAGAUAACAAAUUAGUGGCGUCAGAAAAAAUCAAAGAACAAAAUCAAGAUUUGUUCAAAAUGUCUGAAGAUUAUUCAUUGGCUCACUGUGUAGCUGAGGAUAUGAGGAUGGGGAGUGGAAUAGCUGUUACUUUUAGAAAUACCUUUCGUCAUGUCGAUUCUCUUUUAAAUGUGAACGAAAAACCUGGAGGUUUGGCAGUUUUAAAACACAAGGACAGAUUCUUGUAUUACCUAAUUACUAAAAGGAGAUCCAGAGAUAAGCCUUCUUACGAGGAUUUUUGGUGUUCUAUGAAGCGUUUAAGAGACCACAUUAAAAAACACCAAAUAGUCAAAUUAGCUGUACCGACACUCGGCUGUGGUUUGGAUCAAUUGAAUUGGCCAACGGUUAAACAAAUUAUGGGCUAUUUAUUCAGAGAUAUACCGAUUGAAAUAAUAGUUUGUAAUUUUACGCCUAACGAAGACGCUGUACCAACAAAUUCAAUCAAAAUCCAUCACAAAAACGACUACCUUCCAAACGCCAAAGAGUCCAUAAUAGUUUAUUUCACUUCGGCAGAUUCGUACGUUACUGAAGAAAUUUUGGAAUUGAACAAACGAUUCUCAUUUCUAGAAGAUUUCAAACGAGCCCCUAAAAAUUUCGGAGGUGUUAUUAAAUCUAAGGUUUCAAAUUGUGUUUUGUGUGGGUGUGUUGUUAGAAAAACAAUCAAAGACUGUUUCAAUUACAAAAGUUUUUCUAUGGCUUUGAAUACUAUAAACAAAAUCAUCUUGGAUACAGGUUGUGGCACUAUAGCCUUACAACACCUCAAAGAUGACAAGGACGAUUUAUUACAUCAAAAAAUCAUUACUCUUAUUAUAAACUACUUGGAAAAUGCCGAAGUUUUCGUUUAUAUGGGUCAAAUGGAUGAAUCCUUUGGAGAAACGUAACCUUGUAUUUAAUUAUUUUUUGCAGUCACUCAAAAAAGUGAUUUAUACCUUUUUAUACGUUAUCUACCAUUUUGGUGUUGAUAAUAUUAGGUAAACUAUUAUAUUUAACUUUAAUUGUGGUUUAUAACUUCUUUUUCUUUCAUAUUUUCAGUUGUCAGAAGAGGGUUUCGGUUCUACUUCUGUCUUCAUUUAUUUUCCUCAAUUUCUUUUAGUAGGUCUAUCCAUGUUUACAUUGGUCUCCUCUUUUGUUUGUCAGUGGUAUUUCCACCCUCAUUAAUCAUCUUAAUUUUUGUCUAUUUUUCUUGUAAUUGUAUGCAUAUUUCAGUCUGCUCACUAUUUCGAUACUUUCUCUACAAUAAUGGGGACAAUGGGUAAAUUUUUCUUUUUGAUAUUAAGACCAAUCAUCAGUGUAUAACAGGUUCUACGUUCCUACAUUAAAUUGUUAUACUCAGGGUUUCAUUUUUUUUAUAUUGUCUUGUCCAUGUUAAGUAUAUUCAUCAAUAUCUAGGAGCUUUAACUGUCCUUUGUUUGUACUCUGUAUAGCCCGUAUUAGCCCUUCUCUUUUUUAACGACCACAUCAAAUGUUGUUUUGAACUUAAUAAAUACAAAGAACAUUUCUUCCUAUUUCUCUAUUGUUACUUCUAUCGAGUUUGUUUAUUAUGUAUAUACAUUAGAUUACUAUCGAUUUGUCUUUCCAGUAUAAAAGCUGCCUUCUAGUUGUAGUUCUUAGUAGUGCCUUAGUCCAAAAAAUUUUAAUAAAGUUUAUAACUGGUUCGUACCAGAUAUAUUGCCCUACAAUUUUUGCAUUGAGUUUUUUUUGUGUAUAGGUAGUAUUAUUUUCGCAUCUGUCGUUUCUCCUUUUAUUCUUUGAAAAUUUUUUUUAACUAAUCUAUAUCAUAGUCAUCUAAUUAAUUUUAGUGCCCCUUCUCCAACGGGUUUUGUUUACUUUUACAGUUGAAUAGAUUAUAGCACUUUUCAUAAAGCUUCUCUUGUGAUUAUUUCAAAAUUUAUAAUUGUGGGCCUUCUAUUCAAUAAUUGCCCCAAUUUUUUUUUCUUCAAUUUAUAUAAUAACAAUUUGUUCUAAUCACAUUGGCUUAUAAUAAUGAUUUUUGUCAAAAUUAUAUUUCUUUCUAAUUGAACUACUGGUACUGGUACUCAUUGUAUAACAAGUUUUGAAUACAUUUCCAACAUUUAUUAUGUUUUGGGAGCUGAAAAACAUUUCUUUAAUGACAAUAAAUAAAACCAGUUUCAUUUCCAUACUCAGGGCUCCUUUCUUGGCACUUUUUAUUACAAUAUUCCAUUAAAAUUUAUUUUUAUAUUGUAUGUAAAUGAUCAAUUUUGGUAACCAAAUUUCCGUGAUACUUUCCAAUAACAUGAUGAUUUUUCUUUGUCGUUAUUUAAUUUCAGUUAAUUUCGAGAUUUUACACAUUUUCACCUCAUCCUAGAUAAAUUUUAUUGAUAUAUUGAUAAAUAAUCGAUUGAAUGUUUGAAGAUAUUUUAUUUUAAAUGGAUGAGAAGAAAAUGGUAAGAGAUUUCUCCACAUAUAUUAUAGAAAUUUUUUGUAAUUAUGCAUAUUAUUUUACAAUCAUGUAAUUGCUUUCUACUUAUUAACUAUAUUUGGUUUCUUUUAUAUUUUUAUAAACAUUUUAGGAAAACCUUUACUAGACUAUGAAAAUGGUAAUUCUAUUCUAUAUUCUAUACUUCUAUUUUGAUUCAAGAACCUUACAUGAAAAUUAUAUCAGAAUAUUUUUAAUUGUGGGUCAUUGAAAACUUAUUUAUGAUUAAUACUCUCCCAUGAAGUGAUUCAGUGAUUCAAAGACUGAUCAGGUUUAACCCAAACUAGUUUUCCAGAUAGUAAAAAUGUAAGCGGUUUUUAAUAUCAAGCAUAAGCCAAUUUCCAAACAUCUUUAGCAAAAAAUUUGAGAUUUCUAUACUGUAAACCAAAAAACAAGUUUUAGAAUGAUCUAAACAUCCAAUUUUUUAUUAUUUUAACAAUUCAUAACUUGAUAUAUCCAUUAUAAAUCCAAAUUAUUGAAUUUGAAUCAAUUUUUUUCUUAAACAAAAAUCAUAUUACCAAAAAAUCAUAAUCCACAGAAAAUUUAAUGAUAUUUUUAAAGAGAUUAAACAAUUUCAGCCUCUAUAUAAUAUUUCAGAUACAUUUUUAACAUAAUCAGAGGGUACUAUGGUACUUCAUUUGAUAUCAUGCAUCUUUCGAUAUCAACAAACCAGUAGCUUAUAAAAUUUUGAAAUUGGCUAUGCUCACAAACUAAAUAUAUCCACAAUUUUUAUAUAGAAUAUUAUUUAGUUGAUUCUAUGGAGGGUUUCAUCAAUAUCAAAUCCUUUGUAGCGAAAUCCCCCAAAAACCACAAAACAUAUUUUUUUACAAUUUAUUAUACCAUAACGAAAAGUUUUUUAUUGAGCAUAAGUAUAUAAAUGUAAAAUAUUUAACCAACUUGAAUAUAAUUAACUGUUCCAUUGGUUUCCAAUUCUUCUUUGAGUUCCUUACUUAAGAGUCAAAAUUUAUCGAAACAAGAACUGGGGCCACUAAAAUGCAAAUUUUCAAAUAGUUCAUUUAAUUUAAAAUUAAAUUUAAUUUGUUACAAAAUUUAACAAUAAUUUGAAAAAUGAAAAACAAGGCAACUGUAAUUCUACUACAAUUUUUCUUAUUUCCUUAAGAUCUGUAGAUCUUUCAAAACCCAAAUAAACCUAAAGAAAAAAUCAUUUGAACUGGUAAUCUGAGGGGGCACUUGAUUACUCCAUUAUACAUGAAAAGUAUUUUCAAAAUAAUAUUUAACGUUUACUGUCUUUGAGAAGUAGUUUUAGAGUUGUUGGUUAUUGUUUUAUGUUGCUACAACUUGAAAAGUAAUUAAUUAUAGCAAAUGUGAAUCCUCACUCAGGUAAAGUGGAACAGUUUAAUUUAUCACGAAGUUCUAAAAUUAGAUUGGAAUUAAGCUGACUAGCGAUUUUAUAUACAUAUGUUCCAUACUUUUUUCUAGCACUGUAUAUACAUAUUUUACACAAAAAACAUGAGUUUUCUAUCUGUGUUGCUUAUGUAAUAAAUACUUUUUUUUAUUUAGCAUACUUUAAUUAGCACGAUUAAAUUUAUGUAACAAAACUGCAUAAAGUACAAAUCUAUACAAUGUUUUUUAGGUAAACAAAAAUUUAUUUUAGGUAAAUCCAACUUUUCAUUUGUUAUUGUUUUUUUUUUCAGUAGCGGGUUUGUCGCCUGUAGGCUUUUCUUCUUUGUAUUGUAAGUAGAUAUUGGGAUCUAAUAUAUACUAUGACCUGUAGGAUCUUUUGUGGUCCCUUUUUCUUGCUGCGAUACUACCCAGUGUUUACAGCUGAACUGUUAAUCCUACACCCUCCCAGGUGUGGUGCUGUGAAAUUCCAUAAUGUUUCACAUUUCGAAAUAAUGUGAAUAGAGGUCUAGUGUCUCUUGUUAGUAUUCGUAGGUUGUUUUUACUUAAAUUGAUACAUUCAGCAAAUCUUCUCUGGUUAUAGCUUCCCAGGAGAGUCCUUGUCUGUCUCAGCCACAGAAGGUUGUCCCAAUAAUUGGUUUUGCUCAUAACUACAUUCUUUUCUCUAAUGCCUUUUCAAUAGAAGGGUUCAAGUCCCAUGAACAGCAAAUUUGAUCUUUAGUUCACAAUUAUUUACAUUAAAUUUUUCAUUAAUAAAAUCUCUACUAUAUAAUUUGAUAAAUGAAGUUUUCUGUAAAAUUCUUGAUUAUUUUUCUGUUUUAUAUUCAAAAUUUAAAAAUAAUAAAUUUCAGUAGGUAUUUUGAAAUUAAAUUUGAUCAUUUCCUAAUUAGAUCAUUGAAAUUGACUGAUUGAUUGUGUAAUUAGAUUUAACAUUAAGUAACAUGGAUGAAUAAAUAUAAUUAUUGGUUAAAAGUUAUCAUUAAAUAAAUUGUGAAUUUCAAUUAUAAUGUAUCGCUGUUGCAAUAUUCAUCAUGCUAAUAGUAUAUUUUACGAAGUGUUAGCAAUUAUUCAUUUAGGGAUGUUCAAGUAUUUACUAUGCUGCAUAUAAUACUAUAUUUCCAUUUUUAUCAAAUUACUUCAAACUUCUGUAAAAAAUUUUGAACAAAAUUUGCUGCAUUAGGCUACAGCACCUCCAUGAAGUUGCCUCUUGUUUUAAUUAUUUUAAAAUUUCAUUAAUGCCAAUUGUGAGAGAGUGAAAAGAAAAAUUGUUAGAGAGUAAUUAUUUCAAUUAAUAUUAAAUACUUACAUAAGGCGAAAUGUGCUUGAUACUCCCUCAGCAGUGGGAACUGCAUUGUGCAAGACAUCUAGCAGCACCGAUCAAUAGAUAUGUGGAAAAGGUACAAUCUUGCACUGUCAAGGACUACAAGAUAAAACAAUGUCCUUGCAAGUUUGGGAUACACCAUGGUAAACGUUGUCUACAUUGUAAACAUGAAUGAAUACCUCCGUCACUUAUUUGGUCGAAUUGGCUAAUAUUCCAGGUAAAUUUCCCAUGAGAGAAACAGUUGAGGAAACGAUUGAAGGUGGUCCAACCACAGGAUCAGCCAAAGCAAAAACUGCCACUUCUCAUGAGAAGACCUAUAUAUGUCCUGCUCAGCAAUUGCAACUUCUCGCUGAUGUGUAUCUUGCUGUUGGGGAAAAUUUUUGAACUCUCUUGUCAAUAUACAUUUCAGAAUGGGUACACUAACUGUAUCAGAAGCAACAUCUGCAUCGGGGAUGAUAAAAUUUCUACAAUCUAAUCAUCGACUGUUUUUGAACCAUAUCAAUUGAGUACUUCAAUAUGUUAUGGAAGUUCUUGCUAUACCAAUAUCAGCCGAUCACAAAUUAUUACAAUUACUUGAUAUAUGUAUUAGCCAAUUAACUAAUUACUCUCUAAUAAUUUUUAUUUUCUCUCUUAUCGUCUCUAUUAGCAUUAAGGAAAUUUCAAAAUAAUUAAACCAGGAAACCAACUUUGCGGAGGUGGCUACAGCCUACUCAACCAACACUGUUUUUUCAAUUUUUAUAUCCAAAUAACUGUCAUCCUCCCAUUUAAUCCAUUUUCUUUCUUUUGAUUUGAGCUUAACUUCGAAUUACUUUUUAAAGAUCCGAUAGUGAUUAUCUUGUUAAUUAAAAAUUAAUCUAAUGUUUUCUUUGAAAUUUAGCUAAAGUUGGCCUAAAUAAAUUAUACAUAUUAUACACAUUAGUUUAUAAUUCCAAAUAAAAUGUUUGUUUAUGCAGUCUGUGAUACUAUAUAGUAAUGCAUAUAUUUCGGUGUAUUAAUGUUUUUGUGAAUGUACCUAAAUAAAAAUCUUUUUCUAUUUAAUAAGCUGUUAUUGAAUCAAUAUUUGUAAUCAGGUAUCUUUUUAGCACUUAUUGUUAUAUUUGGAUAAUCGCUAAAUAAAUAAAUUUACAGUUGAAAA